AACAAAGAACAUCAGAAACCCGGCUCGAUGUCUUUCUCGGCGCAUGCGGCACGGCUUCGCGUGACCUUGCCUGUGGCGUGCUUGGUGACCUAUGAGUGGCGCCGGCCGAGCAGAUGUGAGGGGCGGCUGUACCGGCAAAGCACGGACGACCCGCAGCGGGUGCUGCAGUGGCACGCCGCCCACGGCGGCUUCGUGCACGGAGCGGUCCGCGCCUGCCAACUGCCGGGCCUGGGCUGGGCCCUGUGCGCCCAAGCGCCGGUGUCUUCCGGCACCGUGCUGGUGACCACGCCUGGGUCUUUGCUUUGGACGGCCUUCGACAAAAGGGCGCCCCAAGCGGCACCGCUGGCGCCCGGGGAGCGCCUGGCCAGCGCCUCCGCGCAGCUCCGGCGGCGCCUCGUGGCGGCGCAGGCCGCGGGCGAGCCCUUCGUGGAGGCGAUGCAUCCACCGGACAGCAUCCCACUGCAGAUGGUCGCCGGCUCGGUGCUCGAUCCGCCACCGGAGGCGGCGGUCGGCGCGCUCAAGGGCACAACUUUGCUGCAGCACACCCUGUCGCUGCGGUCCAGGCUGCUGGAGGCCAUAGGUCCCGAGCUGCGGGCGGCCAAAGAUGCCCAAGCCUUCUGGGAGGCUUCCGUGUGGGCACAGGCGGUGAUCAUGAGCCGGGCCUUCCAUGUGCCCAAAGACAGCGACCGGCUGGCGCUGAUCCCCAUCGUGGACAUCGCCAACCAUGCGCCCACCUACCAAGCAGCCAACGCGGAGAUCCGGGACAACCCAGACGGCAGUAUUUCCAUGGUCGCAAGCCGCGACAUUGCCUCCAACGAAGAGGUCUGCAUCUGCUAUGGCGAGUACAGCAAUGAACAGCUUCUCUUUUGCUACGGCUUUGUGAUUCCAAACAAUCCGUGCCAAGGUCUGCUUUGCCCCUUGCCGGUGCCGGACACGGCGGGCCGAGCCCAGCUGCUGCAGCGCGCGCUGCGGAGGCUGCGGGCGACGUCGAAGGUGCCGGCGGAGGCGUUUGCAGCGCUGCGCAGUGGCAAGGACGGCGCCAUAGAGCUGCUGUCGGCCCUCAAGGUAUGGAACAUGCCCGAAGACGAGGCUCAAGCCAUGCUCAAGGAGGGCAUGGAGAUCACGCCGGGAUUUCAGGAGUUCGCCUCCGCCUUGGACUUCUUGGAGGCCUGGCGCAAGGAGAUCCCGGCCGGCGAGGAUGUCGAGAGCUACAAGCCGGCGCGGCUUCUGCAGAGCGAAGCCCGUGAGCUCAUCGAGAACGCCAUUGCGGAGGUGUCAAGUCAGCUACCGUGGCCGCUCUACCUGCGAUUCUGCCUCCGGAAGGUGAUCUUCUGGUGACGACUUCCGCCUGGCAUCGGAAUGCGUUCGGUGCGUACCAUCGGCAAGCCCUCACCUGAAAGCCAGCCACGUCAACGAAGCAGGCGGAAAUGUGACAUGCG